AUGCCUUCCUCACCAGCAAUGGACAUUGACGACGACGACUUUUACGGCCCUGACGAGCCGCAACCACCGGCUUCUCAGGCGGCCCCCGCAGAGACUGCUGCGCCUGCGACAAAAAAUGAAUCCAACCCCGAGCGCGAGCUCGAGGAAGGCGAAGAAGAGGAUGAAGGAGGCGAGAUGGAUGAGGACGAAGACUCUGAUAUCGACAUCAUCACAGACCGGCCGGAUAGUUCGAAGCCCCCUCCUCCAAUUCAGUCCAGAUACAGCGAAAUCAAGAAUAUUCCGCAGAGAACACCAUCAAGCGAUACAACCACCAAGCCAGCCCGUAAAAGAGAAGAGCCAAAACAACCUGCCCCAGAAUUACAGCCGGUCUCAUCCUCCAAAAUUGAUGUCAAUGCCAUACCUAUCCACAAGCCUACAGGAAAGCCAAUAACCCAAGUCAUCAUUGACGAAGACCUCCCUGACAAUGACAAACCGUGGCGCAAGCCCGGUACCGAUCUCUCCGAUUACUUCAACUACGGCUUUGACGAGUUCACAUGGGCCCUAUACGCCCAGAAACAAGAAGCUCUGCGCGCAGAAUACAAUCCAGAGGCGAUCGCCGCCAGCAACAAGAAGUUGUUCGAGGAGAUGACCAACAUGAUGAUGAUGAGCGGGCUCAUGCCGCCCAGCAUGCCGGGUGCUGGUCCUGGAGGCGCGCCUGGCGGUCCUGGUGUUGGCGCUGGCGGUCCUGGUGGCAGCGGCAUGACUGCCAUGCCUGGUAUGGAAGGCAUUCCGGUUGAGAUGCAGGCAGUGAUGCAGCAGAUGAUGGCUAGUGGGAUUGAUCCAACCCAGAUGGAUAUGAAUGCCAUGUCGGCCAUGCUUGGGAUGCAAGGUAGUGGUGGGCAAGGUACUGGCGGGCAGGGAGGCCAGGGGCAGGGCUUUGGCGGCGGGUUUGGAGGAAACCAGGGGCAAGGAUAUGGCUAUGAUCAACAGAUGGGAGGACGAGGAGGCAGGGGACGUGGUAGGAGAUGGUAA